AUGAUUCUGUUCAUAUCUAUCUAUCUAUCUAUCUAUCUAUCUAUCUAUCUAUCUAUGUCUUCAUAUCCAUCGAUAUAUACCAGUCUGUUCAAAUACAUCUAUUACAGUUUGUUCAAAUCUCUCUCACACUCUUUCUAUUUAUCACAGUCUAUUCAUAUCUAUCUAUCUAUCUAUCUAUCUAUCUAUCUAUCUAUCUCUCUCUCUGUCUAUCUAUCACAGUUUCGCUUUUUUGCAUGUAUCCUGUUUUCUUUCUUUCUUCUUUUCUUUCUUUUUUCAUUCUUUCUUGCUGUCAACCUAAGCUCCCAUUCUUUCUUUCUUUCUUUCUUUCUUACUUUCUUUCUUUCUUUCACCCUUAGCUUUCUUUCUUUCUUUCUUUCUUUCUUUCUUUCUUUCUUUCUUUCUUUCUUUCACCCGAAGCUUUCUUUCUUUCUUUCUUUCUUUCUUUCUUUAUUUAUUUAUUUAUUUAUUUAUUUCACCCUUAGCUUUCUUUCUUUCUUUCUUUCUUUCUUUCAUUCUUUCUUUCUUUCUUUCUUUCUUUCUUUCUUUCUUUCUUUCUUUCUUUCAUUUUUCUUUCUUUCUUUCUUUCUUUCUUUCUUUCUUUCUUUCUUUCUUUCUUUCUUUCUUUCAAACCUUACUUUCUUUCUUUCUUGUUAUCACCCUGAGCUUAGUUGCUUUUUUCUUUCUCCCUCUUUCUUUCUUUCGUUCUUUCUUUCUUUCUUUUCUUACUUUCUUUUUUUUUAUCCUAACCUUACUUUCUUUCUUUCUUGUAAACGCCCUGAGCUUAAUUGCUUCUUUCUUUCUUUCUUUCUUUCUUUCUUUCUUUCUUUCUUUCUUUCUUUCUUUAUGCAACUUCCUCUUCCUUUUCUUUCUCAGAUCUUCCACACAUCUUUUCCUUUGCAAUCAUCGCCAUCCAUACAUUUGUCCCUACUUUUCUUCCUUUCUUUCCAAUUUUUCCUUCGAUGUCUUCUGGAUAUUUGUUGUCAGUUUAAUUUUUUCCAUUUCUUUCUUUGUAGGGCUAUUGUUCAAUUUGUUCAUAUCUAUCUAUCUAUCUAUCUAUCUAUCUAUCUAUCUAUCUAUUUUGUUUGUAUCUAUCUAUCUAUCUCCCUCCCUCUCUCCCUCUCUCUCUCUCUCUCUCUCUCUCUCUCUCUAUAUAUAUAUAUAUAUAUAUAUAUAUAUAUUUAUUUAGAACGCAUAUAUCUAUCUAUCUAUUAA